GCAGAUAAAGACCUCACCUUCAUUUCCUUACGGAGCUGUGUGGAAAAGGGGUUAAGGAACCCUCACCAGUCGUGCAAUUGCAAGCUUCAUCCUGUCGAAAUCUUGUGACAGUCGCCUCGUCUCGUGCACUGAGUCAGUAACACGAUGGGAAAGUCCAUUAGGUCCAAGAGGAAAAAACGCUUGAGAACUCUGAAGAGAGAGCUCGUGGAGCCUCACUAUGAUGCCAAGGAUGUCGCAAAACUUGCCAUCCAAGCGGCUGCAUUUGCAGCCCCAAAGAUUGAGCUUCCGAAGAAGCGUGAAGAAAUGGAGGACGACACUACUCCUUUUCGGGGAAGGAGUACCGUCCCUGCAGGUGCCGCUACUGCCGCAGCAGAAGCAUUGACGUCCAUGGCAGUCGACAGUGAAUUGCCUUCGUCAUCCGCUCCAACGAAUUUGAAGGCAACUGGUGGCAUCAGGAAAAGAGGAAAAAGUAGCAAAGGUCACGUAUCGAAAAAGGUCUUGAAGAGCAAGAAGAAACGAGGUGUUAAGUUCUGAAAUGUAGCCGGCGAAUGAGUAGGUCCAUGUAAAACGGAGUAGUGGAAUAGGAGAAUUCAGUCUAAAGGUUCCAGAGUUCUAGGAUAUAGAACAGACUUAGGGUCGUAUGUAUCAUACAUUCAAUUUUGUACAGUAAUUUAAUUAUCUGAUAAACAAUUCAAUAUGAGUAUU